ACCGUGCAGAAGGCGGGGCUUAGAGUCAGUAUAGUGGAAUACUAUUGGCCAGUGAGUUUGCCUAUCAACGCAGAAGCGGCGUACGCAUAGCAAUAAUGGCUGAUUCUCAUGUCAUGGCUCACCAGCGCUGUCAGGAGAAGACACCAGUCCAGAUCCUGCACGAGUAUGGCAUUAAAAUCGGCCGCGCGCCCGUGUACGCGCUCCUCCAGUCUGACGGAGAAGCGCACCAGCAAUCCUUCAUCUUCAGUGUCACCAUAGGAGAAAUCACAUGCAAAGGUCGAGGAGCCACUAAAAAGGCUGCAAAACAUGAAGCUGCAGAAGCCGCAUUGAACUUAUUGAAACGAGACACCCGGCCAAAUGAUCAGAGAGAUGGUGUUUCUCCUGAAGCCGGAGACGCAUCCAAUCCUGUAGGAGUCCUGCAGGAGCUGGCCAUGCAGAGAGUCUGGUGUCUGCCGGAGUAUGUGGUGUCUUUGGAGACCGGGCCGGAUCACAUGAAGGAGUUCACUGUUACCUGUCGUCUGGAAGGCCUGGAGGAGUCAGGCACCGGCAGCUCCAAAAAGCAGGGCAGACGCGCAGCAGCCGAACGCAUGCUGGGGAAACUACAGAGUCUGUCCGGAUCUCCCGAGAUCACAUGGAGCCCUCCGUCUCGCGUGUAUGUGGAAAGCUUACGGCAGGCCACAGGGGAGAAGAUGUCCCUCCUGAGGAGGACGCCGCUCAGCAUCCCAAACACAGACUACAUUCAGAUGCUGCUGGAGAUCUCACUGGAGCUGGGCUUUCAGGUCACAUACGUAGACAUCGAUGAGCUGACCGUGAACGGCCAGUACCAGUGUUUGGUGGAGCUGUCCACCCGGCCGGUGACGGUGUGCCACGGGACAGGGAUGACCAGCAGUAACGCCCACAACACCGCAGCACAUAACGCCCUGCAGUACAUCAAGAUGGUCGCUAGUAAACUCUAACAGCAGGUCCGGGAUCAGUGUGCACAUGAUUUCUGACCUGCACGUACUGACCCCGAGCCUGUUUCACACAGCACACACAAAACACAUACUGACCCGAGACCAGACUCGCUGAUGAAAAUAAAUGAAUUUCUGGAUUACAACACUGAGUUUAUUCUUGGUUGUUGAAAACCGUUACAUUUACAUCCGAAUAUACAGUGAACCUCAAACUGGAUGUACUUAGUUUUUUUGAUUGUCACUACAUGAAACCUGACUGAAGUACUCAUAUAUAUAUAUGUAUAUACUUUUUUUAAUUGCUUACACCCUCAAACCUUUCGCUCAUAUACCAUAACUUCAGACCAAGUUACAAUCAAAAUCAAAAACAACCUGACCACAAAAAAAAAAUUCCCCCUUGCAUUUCUGCUUACAGUAUUUUGUAAAUCUAUUCUGAAUAUGCACACAAGUCAAGUCACCUUUAUCUCUUAUGCUUUAUACAGCGCAGAAUGUUUCAAAGCAGUAGUUACAAAUUCAAACAAGCCUAUAAUGUCAUUAUACAGAUCAAGUUAGUUCAGUGUUGAUUCAGUCCAGUUUUAUAACUAAUGCUCAUCAGUUGUGCAUACUGUAUUUACAGUGUAUUCUUGCACACACGUGUGUGUGGGUGCUGUGACACAAGAUAGUACUUUAGAUAGUACUGUCAAGAUAGUACUUUACUUGCAAAAGAGUUGCUAUGCAAGAACAAUUUUUUAAAGUUUAAAUUAAAAGUUAAAAAUUCUUUUGAUUUUGCAUGAUAGAGUGUGGCGAAAACAAGCCAUAGUUUCAAUAAUUGUGUAAGCAAUUAAAAAAACAUCAACUGUAAGGUUUACAGUGCGUUCUCGAGGCUCAUAGAGCAGUGAACGCUUUAAACCGGUAUCUGUGAUGGUUAAACGAAGCUUCGCAAUGCAUCGCAAAACGUUUUUCACUACGCUGUACGGUGUGUCCACCUACUGGUCAUUACUGUGUAUAGCACACAACAAACUUACAUCCACUGGUUUCAUCAGAUUUGCUUCUUUAACUCAUCUCUUUUAUUUAGACAAGUAGAAGUGAAUCUUUUAUUUAUUUUAUUUUAGUUAUUUGAUUAUAACUAUAACAAAGUUUGUUUGGGCUUUAUAUAUUGGGGGAAACAAUGUACUAAAGAAAACCAUGAUGAAGUGUGAAUACUGUUACAUGAAUAAACAUCUUUUUUUUUUUUUUUACACAACAAGCUUCACUACAUGUUGAUAUGGGUGCCGCUGUGUGAAACAGGCCUUCAUGGACAAAUACAUGGACUGCACUCAUUUGGCAAAUAAAGAUACAUCAAACCUAUGAGUCUUCA